AUGUAUGCUUACACCGGGACAGUCGAUCAGGACCAGGGUGCCACCGAUUUGGAAAGUCACGGGCUGCUCACUUCGCAGCCUGCUCGGCAAGAGCGGACGUGUGGAUGGCAGUGUUUGGCGGCUGCCUUUCUGUUGAGCUUGGUGCUUACAGUCUCAUUUCUGGCUCAUGGUACCGGUCCUGGCUUGAAAGCAGGUGUGGAACAUAAGGUCCAGCUGCAAGACGAUUCCAUUUGGAAGGAAGUCCUCGGGCACAAGGCAUACCAGCAGUACGAGAGCUCCGCCUCCCACAAGGCAUCUAAGACGACCACAGCGGAGAUCGCGGAGACCACUGCAGCAUCUGUUGCCACGACUUCCAGUGUUCCCAGCUCUCACAGCAGCUCUUCCAGUUCCAGCUCCGUGCGCCUCACUACGACUACGACUGAAAAAGCCCAAACCCAAGCUCCGCGACCCGGUCUCAUCAUCUCUACGAAUGCUCAGGAGGAAACUCAGAGAGCUCCUGCAAGCAGCGGAACCGAUGCGGACCGCAUUUCGAAGAUGGAUGAUGUGGCCAAAGAGUUUAUGAGUGAGGCAUCGAAGCUGGAUCCGGAUAGCGCGGAACACCACUCCCUCAAAAGAGUUGCUCACUUCCUGUCUGCUACGGCGACGGCCAAGAAAAGGAUUACUUCCACGACUCCCAGUCCGAAGCUGCCUCAGCUCGCAGGGAACGUGAGCCAAAUGCCUUUGCACAGUGAGCUUGCUCCCUUGGAAUCGUUAAAUGAUGGUAACAAGUGCGCCAGCGACGAAGAGGAGAUCCUUGGAACUUGCUACAAGAAGUGCGUCGAUCUUACAGGUGGGUACUUUCCAAUCAGGACAAGCCCCUUCUCAUGCUGUGAGGCGGAGCCCUGUGGUUUUCAAAACACGCGGGUUCAUUUGAGCUUCUGCUCAGGCUUCGAUGUCGCAGGAGACCAGGAAGGCAAAGGCUGUCCCAACUUCGAGGGCGCCUGUUUGACUGACGAGGAGCUCUUCGAUGGUCUUUGCUACAAGAAGUGCUCCCUCUUCCCAAGUGGCUACACCUACAAUCACAGAGUGGCUCCCAACAUGUGCUGCAGCACGCACGGGCUCCGCUGCCUGUUGCCCAAGUACUUCAAGUUCAGCACUGAUUUCGCAGUCGGAGGUGGCCGAAACGAUGGCAAUGCACAGACGCCAUCGUUCGCGCAUGCGCCCAUGAAGGAGCUGACAGAAGUUGAGGCAUGA